AGACGACGUCAACUAUCGAGAGUUUUACUCAGCCCUGAGCCAAACCGCGAUCUCAUGCAGUUCCCACGCCUCCUGUAAAACAAAAACCCCAAACUACUAUUCGCGGAAGUUUUCCGAUUUAGAGUACUUUACCACUCAGGUGUUGAAUUGUGGAUUUACCAGCUCGAAGGUAUUUAAUUGACUGGACAUAGAAUGUGGUAUGGCUGGAUUUAAGCCUGCUGUGGUAACUACAGAGGGAUCUUCCUAGUGCUUGUCUGUGUCCUCCUCAACCACCUCGACUCUGUAAUCACAGAGCUGCUCUCUGUGUAUUCAGUCCAUCCUGAGGGCAUGAUGGAUGUGACCUUCACUGCAUGCUAACUCUGCGAAAAAUACAAGGAGCAGCAUCAUUCAUUGAACAUUUCCUUCAAUCUCUUAAAAUCCUUUGACAACAUCAUCGAGAGGGACCGUGGAACAAACUCCACAAUUUUAGAUGCCUACAGAAAUUCAUCUCCAUUUUGUGUUUGGCAUCCAAUUCACGAGUACUAAUCACAAGGUCUACAAGAGAAUGAAUCUCAUUGAAGAUUGCUGCCAACCAAGGCUGCUUCGUUGCUCCAGCUCCUAUCUUGAUCUUUCUUGCUGCAGUACUGUAUCUCAUCUCUUACAAGUAUCCUGUGGGAGUGGAGCUAAUUUUCAAAACUAAUGAAAUCUGUUCAACCUACUGCGAAAAUGUUUUUGAAUAUGCCAACCUUCCUAUCUAUGCUGCAUCGCACUGUCUUUCAAUGAUUGAGGUUCAUGCUGAAACUUUGAAAAUACCGCAGCUACUUAACAUUAUCUCGGGAACACUCCCUUGGUGAAGAGAGCCGUGAUAUUUAUCACCACCUUCAAUGUAUCAGCACAGAUUUUGAUCAAUAGAAGAGAAGGUUAUCUGAAGGUCAAGACCAGCAAUCUUGCAAAAAGUUUUCUGAUCUCUUAUGUGCAUCUGAGACUUGGACUACUACAAUAAAGUGCAUGGGAGAAGUACCAAAGAUAUUACUUUCACUAAAUCCUCUGAGCUCACUGGAAGGAGAUGUGUACCAAUGUCAUUGUCCUUUCCCAAAUGAAAACGCCUUUGGGCAGGGGGGUGGCGUAGUUAUUCUCAGUCAAUGUGAGGCAGGGCAUGUUAGCUACAUGCAUGACACCAGACAUGGAAAGCAAACAUUUUAUUCCAAGUCCUGACAAGGGAGGAGUUUACCAAGUAGAGAGGGGAAAAAAAUCAAAUAUAUGAUCAUGGUUUCCUUAAAGGAGUGUAAAGUCUGCAUUGAUUCUUGGGAACCCGUUACCAAUGACCACUUAAAGUGAAGAGCAAUGAACAUUUCAACAAAAUACAGACCCAUUUGGGAUGGGAUGGUAUGGAGAUCCUUUAGCCGUGUUGAGUAUUCGGAAGUUUUGGGUGAGCAGUAGACAAGAGUGCAACUAUCCACCCACCAUGUCAGCCACUUUCUACAACAUCACACCUCAGUUCCUAGAAAACCAGAGUAGAAACAAUCUCAAUCUUCCAUCCCGAAGGAAUGGUUGAUAAGGCAGUUUUGAUGUAUAAUAAAAUUGAAACUAUCAUGGUGAUCAACUGCUGAAUAUACAGGACAAUUUACAAAGGUGGGUAAAUCACUGAGAACUAAGAGGAUCAGAGUAAAACAAAUCUGAAAGUUGGAUAGAGGGUAAGAGUUCCAAUCCCCAAAAUUUCAGUAGUGUUAUGAAUUGGUUAAGAUAGUGAAUGAUAAUUAAAUUGGUAAUUAAAUGGAUGAUAAUAACUAACUUUAGCAAAGAAAUAGAAUAGAAAUGGAUCUAAACAGAGAGCAUACAUUAAGAGUUAUUGUUAAUAGAGAGCGUUAGAGAGAAGCUAAAUACAAAAGAGAAGAUGAGAGAAGUAUAUGAUCUGCUAAUGCCCAAACAACAAGGACUACUUUUUUUGUUUAAACAACAUUACUUUCAAUGUCUCUGCUCAAUACCUGAGGGCCGCCCCCUUUACAUCCCACAAUUACCUUUCCUCCUCCCGUACGCACGCGCGUAACAGGGAGAGUGCGCGUGAGUACUAAGUACUUGCAUAGUCCAAAUGAACAGAACUCAGCAAUCUCCCAUCCUUUUUAUGUAUCUAUUAAAAAUGAAAUAUGAAGAAGAUUGAAAGACAAUUCGAAUGUCCAUUAGGAUAAGAGAAUUGGUUCUAACCCUUGAUGUUAAUACAGUUCUUAAGGUACCAGAUGCCUUCACUGUGCCUUUUAACAGCACAAGAGCUGGAGCUCCCUUCUUUGUGAGACAGUCUACUAGUUGUUGAUUUGUAGUUGACUAUAGCACGUGAUGAUUUUUUUGUGCAUGGAAACUUCUGUGAUGCUGCUUAUCUCUAGAUGAAGCCUCUUCUCUGUAACUGACUUGGUGGUUUGAUGGCAUAUACCAAAAAGUAGUUGGCUGUCACACAAGUUAUUUGUAGACAAAUUCUUUGGGUCACUAUGGAAAAGUUCAGAAUAGAGUGUGGCCAGAAAAACAAUAUUGUCAAUAUCUUCUGACAUUGCAAGGGUUUCUAAUAUCAGUAUGUUCAGGCUAAAUCCACACUAGACCGGAUAGUUUUGAAAAUGCCGAUUUCGUGUAAGAAUAAUAGGCAUACACACUAUGCGUUUUUGAAAAUAUCUGUAUCCACAUUGAAAUAGAGAUUUUGGCGAAUCUCCUCCUACUGCGCAUGCGCAAGACACAUCUACCGAAAACAAGCGACAUGUUUGGUGUCAAAUCUCGCUGUAAAAGUGCGCGUUUGUGUAGUUACAGAUUUGGAAAAACUUAGAACGAUGGACAGCUGUUGGCUUUCGCGCAGGAGAACUUAAAAGUAAAAAAAAACAAAUACUGGAGCAUACAGAGGCAACCGACAGGGAGUUCAUGGACAGAUUGACCCGGCUGAUGACAAACAUAGAAAAACUGACUAACUCUGGUGCAUUAAUAAAGCACCUUGUUAAGUGUAUAAAAUGUUUGCAUCAGUGUUAUCUUGUAUUUCCAUACAAUGUUAAAUUAGGCUGUUACAUAUCUAUUGUCAGAGAAGUACUUGCAUAAAUAGGUAAACCACUUUCAUACAAGCAAGGACAGAAAACAGGGCAAAGUGAGUAUACUUAUUUAUUCAGUAAGUUAUGGGUCAAAGUAUUUGGUGAGUACAUUUCUAACUCUUCUGAUUUCAGUCUCGUUGCCAUCUGUUCUGAAAUUUUUAGGUUGUGUUCAAGAAAAGAAUGAAAUAACGAGCUGCCGUCUGAUAGCGUUUUCAGAAGUCUCCACACUGAUCUGCCCGAGCAGUGUUUUCAAAAAUACCCACCCUGAAAAGUGUUUCUGAAAAGCUCCGGUUUUGGGGGCCGAAAACGCUACUUUAGUGUGGACGGAGGGUAAAAAUGAAGAGAAAAAGCUUCAGUUAUGGAUUUAUCCGGCGUAGUGUGGAUGUAGCCUCAGUACAACUCUUAAGAUCUUUUUUUGAUUGCCAAUAGAGAGGUGAAAAUCUUCCCUCUUCUUCCAUAAGUACAAUAAAAUGUCCCGUUUGAUUACCUCAGUCAGGAAGGUUUCCAAGUGAGGCGUCACUGAUGACAGUGAGCUUAAAUGAGCUAUCUUUUCCUAACUGUUGAAACUUCAGGGUGACUUUUUCAGAUUGAAUUCUGCGCAAUGUCUUGUUUGCCUCAUGUAAAGUUUGUACUACAACAUUUUUUUGUGCUGGACUCCAAGUAGCAGGCAUCAGACAUGAUGUCAGGUCUGCUCUACCUUGCCACACGUAGAAUUUGACCUAUCUUUGAUCUAAGUUGCUCAGAUUCAGCUUCACUGAGGGUUGCAUCUGUUGUGUGGCAUGUAAUUUCUUGUAGACACUGUCUUUUGGCCAAUAUCUAUAGCUUCUUCAAACUCUCCAUUAUUUCUCCAACUUCUGAUUUCAUCCUCUUUUGCAGAUUCAAGCAGCACCUCUUUUGUUACUAGGACAUCUUCAUCAUGAUAUUUCUCGGAUGGUCCAGCCUGAUGUAUACUUGAUUCAGUAUGAAGUCUGGCUACAGAUGACAAGUCGACCGACCCUGGAGUGCCAGCGACUGUGAAUGGUUCUUGGUAAUUCAAGAUGUACCAACUUUUGUUUCUCCAGUGGCUAUGCCUGCUCCUCCUAAGAUUUUAGCUUUGUAUGAGAUACCAGUGUCUGGGUCUACAAAUCUCAUAGUUUGUCCUGUUUCUAGACUGAACUUUCCACUGGUGAUCAUUUCUGUUCAGGCAAAUCUGUUGAGAGCCCCCAAAUGCACUGUCUUCAGCACUAUGUCUCUGUUACGUAACUCUAUUGUGUCCUUAGCUGCACUUUCCUCAUCCUUGUCUGUGCUAUGUGACCAUGUGCCAGGUAAGUGCUUUUGAGUUCUGCUGGUCUUCAGUUUGUGCUUUACAUAGUCUGAAAUGAGGCAUUUGUACCUCCAUGUCUCACGAAUACCACAACUCCAGGACCUUUCCAUUCUGUAUAGUCCGCUCUUUUGUAACACACUUUCUCCUCUGUGUCAUAUUUGUUAUUUGUAGGAUGUACCUGUGCCCCCAGUGCUCUUUGAAUUCUCUCUGAACACUCUGUUUCAGUGAAAGCCUUCCUUGAUGUAUGCAGUGCUGAAAUAUGUUUCCCAAUCCAUUCAAUCCUUGUAGUGCCCUCUAGAGCAGGUGGUCUGUCAACCCGUACAGGGGGAAGGUUUGGAUUCUGGCCAAGCACCAAUUGAUAUGGACUCUUGCCAUGUACGUUGUGCAUGGUAUUCUUUCCCAAUCACAGCCAUAGCUUUUCUUUUACCUUCAGCGUUAUUUCAGAAAGCAUUUGAUUGUGUCACUCCAGAAGGUCAAUACUCCAAGGACUAUAUGCUGCUGUUGUCUUUGUUUCAAUGUUAAAGUUCUCUGUGGUAUCUCUUGAGUUCAUCAUUAUUAAAUUCACUACCAUUAUCACUGAAUACUUUCUGAGGUGGGCCAUGAACACUUUAUUAUCUCCUGCACUGAAAUGUGUGAACUCAUCAAUGAUGUGGAAAUACCACACUCCUUGCUCCAGUUCAUGUAGGUCUGCAGCUGUUGUUUCAUUAAUUUCAGAUGCUAGUGGCAGACCAACCACAGGCUUGGGCCUGGGCUUUCCAAACUUUUGGCAUGUCUCAUAGAUGUCAAUUAUCUGCUUUAGAAUGGAAAAAUAAUUUGCAUCUUUGUUUCCUGAACUCCUGAGCAGUCUCCGAAGUUUAUCAAUUGAAGCGUGUCCAAACUGCUUAUGAAAUUUGAGCAACACUUUGCAUUUCUCAUCUAUGGUUAUGUUUUGUAUGGCAGUUCUUUAUUCUCACAUUGGAUCUCAGUAAAGUCUUUAUCUAGAAUGCUCACACAGUAAUGUUCAGAGCUCAAGAGACACUGGCUGUUGAAACAUCAUUGCUUGGUCCUUCUCCAUAUCCAGUACUGCUCCGGCUUUCUUUAGGGAGAUUUACUCAAGUGUAAUGGAAUAUUCACUGGUACCACCUCCAUUUCAAUGUAACAUUUUGUCUGCCCUAUUUCUACUGGAAUUUUCACUCUGGUGGAAUCUUUCCAUCUCCAAAUUUGAAUGCUUUGUUAUUAGAUUCAUCUGUGUUCACCAGUUUCUGCACUUCAUUCUGGUUUAGUUCACUUACAUAGCUUUCAAGCUAUUUCUGUCCACACACUAUGCAUGCUGUAUCAAUAACAGCAGAUCCUAGAGAUUCUAUGAUCAAAAUCUCUGCCUCAGACGUCUCUGUAUUAGUAAAUGAUUCCUUCACAAACAAUGUGAUAUGGCACUCUUCUAUAUCUUCAGAUUUAUUAUUUUCUUCAGUUAGCCAAACUUGUUCAGUUCUGUACAGACAGUUUCUUGCCCAGUGGUAAAUACUUUGACAUACCACACAUUUUGAUCUCCUACUGUACUUUACUGGAUUUGUGCCAGGUAAAGGUACCCUUGUCUGUUCCCUCUAGGAUCUACGCCUACUAUACUCUUCUGCCCAGUGAAAUAUGCCGUUUCCUGACUCAAUCUACUUCUGACAGUUGUCUUAGUGGACUUUUCUCCAAAAAUCCUCUUCAGUGCUGAUCUUGCAGAUGCAAAUGUAGGUUCUGUGCAUGCAGUUAACACUAGGUGUCUGUCCUUUAUUUCUAGACGUGCAGUAUCAAACAAUUUAAAAGCUAUCACAGUCAAACUUCACUAAUCUGACUACCUGUAAUCUGGUUCUUUCGAUAAUCCGGCACUGAUUUCAAAUUUUCUGCACAACUGUAAUUUCAAAUUUCCUGGGCCACCGUACCAAUCUGCUGCUCAUUGUUUUGGUUGUGCUAGAUCUGUUCAGGUGUUGGCGUGCUCUUGUAAGCACAGACAGGUGAUCCCUGCUUGUUUUCCUGCAUUUAUUAAUAUUAUUUGCAUUAGGCGUGGAUGCCUGGCACCUGCCAGCGUGGGGGGCUGGCCUUCUCACCCGCCUACCGGCAGUUGCGCACUGCCCUGCAGUGUAGCCCAGCCAGCGCUCUGUUCUCUUCUGCCUACGACCUCAGAUCAGACGUGGCGACCUGUUGAAUCUAAGCAUAUUGCUAAGCGGAGGAAAAGAAACUAACGAAGAUUCCCUUUUUUACCUGAAGCAGCUAUGAUUUUUCUGCUGCUGGACUGUUGAGUCAUCAGCCGGCUCCAUCCGUCUGCAGACGUUUCAUCCCCUAACCCGGAACAUCCUCAGGAUGGUGGGACAGCAGAAGGUGACCAAUCCUCUACCCCCAAUAGUCAGACAUCCAACUACUAUCGUCCCUAAAGCAGCUCUCUCUGCUGCUUGAGAUGUGGUGUUAACGGCUCUCUUCCUGGUUCUCCCUCGUAUCCCUGAAGUUGCCAGCAUCUUCCAACAUGACAUGGCAGGAAAUCCUCUUGUCCCCACUUCGACAGGGAAGUUCCACGUCUGCCAGCCUUGCCGUCUGCAGUCCGCCACCAGGUCUUCAUACCUCGCAAGCUUCCUCUCAUGGGCCUCUUGGCAUCGGGUCUCCCAUCUAUCACCACGAGCUUCUCUGCACUCUCUGACAGUAGUAGAACGUCUGGUCGAAGUGUGGCCUCUACUAUUGGUGGGAACACCAGCUUCUUUCCAAGAUCGACCUUCACCUCCCAGUCCUUUGUCAUGCUCAGCAUACCAUCUCUGUGCUUGUUUGUUGCUGCAGCAUGUUCUCCGGUCCUGACGAAGUUAAUGAAGUUUGUUUGGCUGUCCUUUUAGUGGCCCUUCUUCCUCGCUCUCUCCAAAGUGUGGGCGAGUGCUCUCAAAACCUGGUCACGUCUCCAUCUGUACCGCCCCUGGGAAAGGGCAGCCUGGCAUGAGGAAAGAAUAUGCUCGAGGUUAGCUGGUUUCUGGCACAGGUGGCACAUUGGGUCUUCUAUUAUUCCCCAGCUCCGCAGGUUUGUUGGAGUUGGUAGUACAUCGUACACAGCCCUCAGUAAGAACUGAGGUUGGAAAGAUGUAUAUUUCCAUACGUCAUCCCAUGUCAACACUCUCUGUUCUGCUUCCCACUUUGUCGAGGUCGCUUGACUCCCCAUUUCCACUGCUCGCACAUAUCUAGCUGCCUCCUGUUUCUUCCUUAUCCCCCACUGGACCAAGUGCCGUCUGUCCUUAGGGUUGGCCUCCCUCCACCUGGUUGUUGACUUACAUCCCAGGCCUUGACUGCCCUUACACACUCUUCCGACCACGUCUCUGUGGCAAAGUCGGGUCUCUGCUUCUUCUACUGCCCUUGCUGCCUUCCAUUUGCUCCCUGUCUGUAUCUCGACUCCUGCCUCACUGACCUUGUCCUUGGAGUCUUUCAGGGUCAUGACGAGGUGUGCUUUCCCUGCUUUAAAUUCCUCUGCAACCGAGGAGAGGGGCAACUGGAGCUUGGCUGACUUGCUGUAGAGCCCUGUUGAAGAGAAGCACCGCAGUACACCUAACCACCUUCUCAGAUACCGGUUAAUCUUCCUCUCCACACCCUCGAUCUUUGACAGGGCGAUGUCAUACAGCAUCAUUGGCCACAUUAGUCUGGUUAAGAGCCCAUGUUGGAAGAUGCGUGCCUUGAACAUUCCUGGUAAACCUGAUUUGUCGAUCUUUGCCAGCCUUUCUGUUGUUUGUCGCUCCAGGCGUCUGCUGUUGUUGACAUCCUUCAGGCUGUCAUCAUACCAUUUCCCUAGGCACUUGUUGGGGUUUCCUAUGAUAGACAGGAUUUCCUCAUCCUGGUGGAUCUUCAAGGUGAACUUCUGGGUAAGUUGGCCUUUCUUUAUCACCAAACACCUUGAUUUGGCAGGUUUAAAUUUAAUUUGCGCUCAUGCGGCUGUCUGGUCCAUUGCCUGGAGUACCCACCUGGCCUGGAUAUGUGUUGUGGUUGUAAUUGUAGGGUCAUCCAUGAAUCCUCUGCUUGGCGACUGUCUGAUAUUGGUGCUUGUCUUUGUCCUCUGGUCUCUCUUUUCCCAGAACAAGUAGAUCCAUGGCCAUGAUGAAGAGGACUACAGAUAUAGUGCAGCCAGUCACAGUACCCUUCUCUACUUGCUGCCAUGACGUUACGUAGUCCUGCACGCUGAACCUUGGGUGAAUCCCCUCGAAUUAGCUUGCCAGGAUCUUGGUGACCCUCUCUGGGAUAUGGUAGUGUUUCAGUGCUGUCUCAAUGAGCUUGUGAGGCAUUGUAUCAUAGGCAUUGGCUAAAUCUAACCACACAACUGUCAGGUUCCCUUUGGUUGCCUUGGUCUCCUAACAGCUGGGAUAUAACACUUGUGUGUUCCACACAUCCCGGGAAUCCAGGAAUCUCUUCCUUUUGCACUGCCGUACCUAUGUAUUGGUUUUCUACCAUGUAUGAUGUCAUUCUUCUUGCUAGAACAGCGAAGAAGAUUUUUUCCUUCGUUGAGGAGGGAAAUGGCUCUGAACUGCUUGAUCUCAGUUGAGUUUUCCUCUUUUGUCGCAAAACAUCCUUCAGCCACUUGCCAGCAAGGUGGUAUCUGGCCCUUCCUCCAGAUGGCUCUCAUCAGCCUCCACAUCCUCUUGAGAAGCUUUGGGUACUUCUUGUAGACUUUAUAUGUGAUCCCAUUGGGCCCGGGUGCUGAACCUGUCCUCGCUCUCUUACUACUUUCAGUGUUGGCUGUUUCUCAUCUAGUGGCUUCUGCGGCUGUUGCACUGGCUCAGUCCUGCUGUUUUCCCUCAGUGGCAGGUCUUGUCUUCCAUCUGAGUGUGUUUCCUGCAGGUAUGCCUCCACUUCCUCUCUUGGUUUUCCCAGUUUGCCUGAUCUUUCCCCUUCUCACACGCUUGCAGAAAAACAAUAAGGGUUUCUGAUGAAAGCAGCCCUUUUCCUAUUCUUCUCACGCUUGUUCUUCCUUAUCCUUUCCGCAUUUCAAAAUUCUUUAAGCCUCCUUCUCAGGUCUUGUCUCAACUGCCUCACCUUCUCUCUCUUCUACACUGCUUCUUCUGUACCUGUUGGAGACUGUUCUAAUUUCCUGUCAUGCUGGUUAUCUCCCUCUCUCGUCUGCCAGGCUGGUAAACUCUCUUCUCCUUUACCUUCUCCAUUACACCAAAUCAGUCUUCUCUGAUGGAGUACAGCAACCUGCACAUAUUCUCAAGCUUCUUCUCCACGGGUCCAAUGAGUAUAAUCUUCAAGAAGCCUGUCCAUGUCCUUGUUGAUUUUCUCCCACUCACCACUGUUCAUUGGGGGCCAUUUUAUUCUCUCCUUCCUCUCCUCUGGAAGUCUGACAUGGGUUUCCCUCGACCCAUCAGUUGAUCACUCCUGUGUUCCUGGGUUGAAGGUCCUCGGUACUUAUGGGGUUGUUCUUGACUGUGGUCCUCCACCGUCUCACCAGCCGUUGCUGUGCGUUCCUCCUGCCUCUCACCAGUCCUACAUUUGUAUUUCGCUUGGUGGAUUGUGAGUCCCCUGAGAUUCUUAGAGUUUGCCACAGUGGCAUCUUGGCCAUGUCAGGGUUGUUUCGGUCAAAGUUCGCUGUAUAUGCCGUGUCAUUUCUGUUUGGUACGUCCUGUUGUGUCUUUCAACAUCCCUCCCUCUCGGAAGACCCUGAGGGUAUCCUCUUGUUUCUGUACUCAUAGCUAGCGGGAGGUGCCUUUUUCCAAAGGCAUAAUGUUGGGGUGCUGGCCUCACAUGCCUCGACUCCAGUCUUUCCUGGAUGUUAUCUGUCUCUCCAGAAGUGACCUGUCUAUUCCUGGUUGUCAUUCGUUCUUUCCUGAAUGUCACUGGCACACCAGAUGAAGCAUUAUCAGGUGCUAUCAGUAACUGCAAGUGAAGAGGGAAGAGUCCAGCGCCGAAUCCCCGGCUGCCUGGCGGUCGCGUGAAAUGUGGCGUAUAGAAGACCUCCUUUCUCCAACUUCUGCUUCUGCUCACCCAGAUGUGCUGCCACCAACAUCAACAGUUUUUGAAGAAACCGUUGUGCCAGUUUCAGCUCCAGUUCCUGAUGCUUCACUCAUUCUUCAAGAUGAAGAUGUUGAUGAUCCUGACAACCCCACACUUGUAGACAAGUAACUUUGCCUGAAGGUGUAUUAAACAUCUCACUUAAGAAGCGGAAGUGCUCAACUGUUUUGUACAAGUUAAUUUCACUUGCUACUCAUUUAAUAUUUCUGUUUUAUUAUUAUCUAACUUGUACUGAUUUACAUGAUAUUUUAAAGGUAUGAUGAGGCAGUUAGCUAUUGCUUAAUGUGAUCCUUCCGUAAUUCGGCUUUUCACUAAUCUGGCAUGCCUCAGGUCCCAAUGGUACUGGAUUAUAGAAGGUCGACCUGUAUAGUGUCAGGAAGUUCUGUUUUGUAAUUGUGUGUGUAUUGUACUUUUGUUCAUAAUCAAUAAUACAAUCAGCCAUAUUUUUAGAAUUGUCUCUGAAAAUUUUGUGGAAGUCUGAAUAUGCCUCAUAAAUAUGAUCCUUUUCUUCCUUCAAAAAAAACCAGAGUCAAAUAUGUUUGCAGUAGCUUAUUCAUACUGUCAUCUCUGUUCAAGCUUUCCACCGAAACUCCCAUCACGGUCUCAAAACAAGUCAAGGCUUGUUUUGCCUUCUCCAGUUCCCCACCAUGAGUCCAUAUUCCAAUUUCAUUCUUCCAGCUUUCUUAAGGCUUGCUCUCAUCAAAUGCCGGUGGGAUCCUAUAAUAGGGAACCAGCCUCUGCUACCGCUGUUAAUGCCCAAACAACUAGGACACGUUUUUCUUUUGUUUAAGCAACUUUACUUACAACAUCUCUGUUCAAUACCUGAGUUCCGCUACCUUUACACCCCCCAUGAUCAAAGAGUCUGGUCCGAGGUAAGACAAAGUUUUAAAAAAAAAUCUCUGGAGAGAAAUAAAAUGAAAUACAGAGAACAAGUUUGCCUAUAAAGGCAAUAAAGAAGACUAAGAGGAGGUAUGAUGAUGGCUGCUAUAAGGUGUGUUGACUAUAGGAUGUUUGCAGGCAAAUAAUUUGGGUCUAUUAGUGAAGAAAAAUAAGGAUAAAUGUUCUGAUCGGUCUGAUGAGAGAAUUCUGGAUUUAGUGUGCUACAGUGUUUAUACAUUUGAAAGUAUAAACAAAGGGAAGGAACAUUGAUGGCAAAUGAAUACAGAAGUAAGCAUUGUCAGCCAAUAAAGGUGUUUGUCUAUUACUUCCUACUGAAUUAUCAAAUUGGUAUUUGGAUCACUACUGAAGAUUAUUAAUGCCAUUCCAUAUCUCCAACACAUCAGAUAUUUACCUUGGAGCUGCCAAUCACUCUGGUAAAAUUCCAGGAUAGCUCUAUAGUAACACUUUAUCUACUAGUGGAAAAAUAAAAUGUGAAGUGUCUCAUCUUUGCAGUGAAUAAAAUGCAUUAGCCAUGCAUUACAUUUGUUUGCCUGAAGACGUUCGGGGCCUUUAUUAACUGGGAAAGCAGCUGUAGCCUCAUUAAUUGAUCAGACUGUUGAAGUCUAAAUCAGUGGCUAUUAGUAUAUUCAAUUCAAUUGUUAAAUAAUGUACAGAAAGCAAACUUAAGAGUCAAAGAAGGAAUGGAUUAAGCAAAAGAUUAAAAAGACAAAUAAAAUAUUUCCUUUCAUAUCUUCACCGAUAAUCUGAAGGAGUGAGACUUCACAGCUGUUACAUUUUAUUUUCAUUGUUACAUAGGUUUUUCAGAAUCAUCCCACUCUUAAAAAUGUACUUUCACUAGAAUGGCAAGCUCCAAUUUUUUUUCCUGUGUAGAUGAUCCAUUUCAGCGUGUUUACAUUAGGCAAAUGUAUGAAAUUGGUUCCAAUGUAGUUUCUGACGUAUUGCAAGUUCAUAAUUGGAUGAUCUAAUACAGACCUAAUGGAAAUAAAGAGGCCAGCACCUUGCUAGAGGCUGGAGACUUUGUAGUGGAAGACAAUUUGUAAUUUAAACUUUAGAGAUGCAUAUGCAGACCAAAUCAAUGUUGAUCACUGGAAGGUGUCCUCCACACCAAAGUGAGCCAAAAUUUGCUGCUAGAAAUCUCAAGUGCUGAAAGUGGCUGAUUUGCACCUAUGUUGCAAAAAAGAUGCAAUGCAGGAAAAAACAAAUGUAGCUUCAGAAAAUAUUUCACAAGUGGAAUGGAUAUUCAACGGAUUGUCACUUAAGUUUGGAAAUGUGUAACUAGGAUCUUUACAGCUAUCAAUGGAUUUGGAAUGCAGAUUAGUAAGGACUAAUGGGGAAAUUAAGAAAAAACAUUUUCACCCAGUGUGUGGUUUGAGUUUGGAACUUGCUGCCUGAGAUAAAAACUUUCAUUGUGUUGAAAAUGUACAUGGUUAUGUAGUUGAAGACCUGUGACAAGCAGAGCAGUAGACAUGGAGGAUGGUGGGAUUAAGUUGGAUAGUUCUUUUUCCCCCCAACACUGACAUUUAAAUUGGCUAAAUUGCUUCCGAUUUUCCUUUCUAUGAUUCUGCAGUUGAGUUAAAGAAAAGGUGUGUCCUAACUGAAUGUUGAAAGAAGUAUGAUGUAUUCCUGAAGCCAUGUUAUGAACAUUUCUUGGAGACCAACCAGGCCAAUUUUCCUUCAGAGGAUACAGGUGACAAUCAUUCUGUCAAUCUGGCUAUUAUUAGACCCUAGUUUCUGUUGGUCUGGGCACAGACAGUUGUACAUAGAACAGUACAACACUAGAACAGGCCUUUUGGCUCACAAUAUCUGUGCUGUACAUAAUGCCAAAUUAAACUCAUUUUCUUCUGCCUGUACGUGAUCCACAUUCCUUGCAUAUUCAUGUGUUACUCAACAGCUGCUUAAGCACUAUUCGUAUCUGUUUCCACCACUCCACUGGCAGCUCAUCCCAGGAAAAAGACACAACCACUGUGUUUAUUUUUUAAAAAUUGACCUGACACAUAACCUUUAAUCUUUUCCCCUUCUUAAGUUAAAUACUGUACAUGUCCCCUGGUGCUUAAUGUUUUUACUAUGGGAGAGAAGUUUCUUACUGUCCAUCCUAACUAUUUCUUCAUAACAUUGGACAACAAAUUUUUUCAAAAGUGUUGCUUCAUCAGAAUUUUUUUUGUUUAUGAUAGACUACUUGAAGAUGAACACAAUAAUUUCAGACUACUUGUAUCACAUAGGAAUUUGGAGGAACAACAAAUUAACUUUUAUUCAAUAUAAUGGUAUGAGUAUGAUACCUAGUUGGUUUCAUCCAGGAACACAGUCACAUUGCCACCAACACACAAUUCAAGAAGUGAGCUGGUAAACUGUGGACAUACGAAAACAGAACCUCCCUCAACAGGGAACCUCUCGAUUACAUCUUCGUAAGAACAAAAUGGCGUAAUUGUGUGAUCAACACAGAAGCCUACAGUACCUUCAGCUUGGUCAGUUCUGACCAGAGUAGUGUCAAUGCAACUGAGACUGAGCCUGCUGCAACCCAAAGCCACAGGUCCCAAGGAGAAGAUAGACUGGAAGGCAUUCUCCUCACAACCUCUACUUCAAGCCCAGUACACUGUGGAAGAGAGAAAUCACUUCGGCCCACUGGAGAGGGAGGAGGAAGAGACUGCCACCGACCGCUAUCAACGGCUCAUAGACACACACAGAGUUGCAACAAAGAGUCUGCUUACUGUGAAGCGAAUGAAGAAGAGCCAGAUCUGGAAACAUCCUGACAUCGUCGCAGCAAGAAGUGUGCUCAAUGCUUGUCAUGCCGAACUUGGAAGGAGCGAAACAGAAGAGCUAAGAGACAAAUUCAAGACAGCAAAGAAGAAUCUCUUUGCCACCUACGACCGACUGAAGGAAGAGGAACAAGCUGAGAGGAUUAGAGGGGUAGAGGCUGCUAAUGAAGACAAGCAGCAUGGAGAAGCAUGGCACCUAGUCAACGAGAUCAGACACAAAUAAGUGGUAAACCAGCAGGGGACUGUGUCCAGACAUGGUUUACUCACUUCAAGAACCUGCUGGGAAGCCCUCCAACAAUCACGGAAGAAGAAGAGGACAUACCCAUGAUAGUGAUGCAAGUCGACAUCGAUGACGGCCCAUUCACCACAGAGGAACUGAAGAAGGCCAAAUAUGCACUCAAACAGGGCAGGAGCGCUGGACCAGAUGGGAUACCACCCGAUGUCCUGAAGAACUGCGAUCUGGACGACAUCUUGCUGGACAUAUGUAAUACGGCACUGAUGAAAGGUGACAAACCAGAACGGUGGUCACUCUCAAACAUCAUCCCUGCCCCCAAGUCUGGAUCCUUCACAAAGACAGACUACCGUGGUAUCAGCUUGACCAACAUCUUAGCAAAGCUAUAGAAUCGGAUGAUCUUGAACAGGAUUCACACCGCCAUUCACCCUAAGCUGAGAUUCAAUCAGAAUGGUUUUCAGCAGAAGUGCACAACAGUAAUGCAAAUACUUGCUCUCCGUAGAAUCAUCAAGAAAGUCAAGAAGAACAACCUACCAGCCGUGCUUACUUUCAUCGAUUUUCGCAAAGCUUUUGACUCCAUUCACCGAGGUGAAAUGCUGAAGAUCCUGAAAGCUUACGAAGUUCCAGACCAUCUGCUGAGAACAAUAGAGUCAAGCUAUACCGAGACCAUGGCGGAAGUUGUAUCACCAGAUGGAGAAAUAGCAGUGUUUGAGCUCCUAGCUGCUGUGCUGCAAGGAGACACUCUGGCACCCUACAUCUUUAUAAUCGUCCUUGAUUACGCUCUACGUCAAGCUACCAAAGUUCAUGACAAGCUUGGUUUUACCAUAAAACCAGCACGAACCGAAAGGAUCAGACCAGUUAUGCUCACAGAUCUCGAUUUUGCAGAAGGCAUAGUCCUGCUCUCUGACCAGAUGGAGGAAGCACAGCAGCUACUGACAAAAGUGGAAAUUGAGUGCAAUAAAGUUGGACUUCACCUAAAUGCUAAAAAGACAGAGUACAUGGCAUUCAAUUGCAAUGAAGGUAUUCUCAAGACUGUAAAGAAUGAUACCAUUAAGAAAGUCUUAGACUUCAAGUACCUCGGGUCAAGAAUGCUGAGUUUGAAGAAGGACAUAAAGAUACGGAAGGUGUUGGCGUGGAGCGGUAUGAACGAUAUGAAGGAAAUCUGGAGUUCGAACCUGACCAGAGGACUCAAAAAGAGGAUCUUCCUAGCAGUCAUAGUCCAUUCUCACGUACGGAUGCGAGACGUGGACACUCACCAAGACCAUGCGAAAGUCACUAGAUGGUUGCUAUACACAAAUGCUCCGGAUGGCUCUUGAUGUGAGUUGGCAACAGCACAUGACGAACGUCGAGCUCUAUGACGACUUACCGAUGCUCACUACUGAAAUCGAGGCGAGAAGACUGCACCUAACAGGGCACUGUCUACGCCACCCUGAGCUACCUGCCAGCCUAGUCAUCACAUGGGAGCCCAAGCAUGGGAGGAUGAACGCUGGGCACCCUCCCAAGACUUUGGUCAACACGGUCCUAGAAGAUAGCAGAGUGGCUAAUGUAGAUGAAGUGAACACACUGAUGAGGGAGAGGGAGGAGUGGAAAGUCCAUCAUCGUGCCCGAUGCUGGCCCCCUAGGCCUGAGUCGACGUAGUGAGUGGGAAUAUAAUGUGUUUAAUUGCAUAAUGGUGCUGAUGCUUUGCAAUAGUUCAACUAAAUUAAAAAUAUUUUGUUAAUGAUUUUCAUUUGUACUCAGUGUAUGAGGCUUCUCGCUUAACUGUUCAACAAUAAUUUGCCAGCAUUGAUGGAUUCCAGUUGCCCUGGUAUCUUUUCUCCAUGACCGCAAUGUCUUGGUGAAACCUUUCACCAUGCUCGUCACUAACAGCACCAAGACUUGCAGUCUAAGAAGUCUAAAUGGGAAUGCAGAAAAUGAAUCUUUCGUGACAUGUUGCAUUUCAUUGUUUUAUAUGCUUGAAGCAUGCUCUCAACCAGCUGUAUGUAGAUUGGUGCUCUGUAGAUGCCGAGAAAAAUUUCAACAACUUCCUUGAACUUGCCUUACAUGUGAUUUUCUCCAGUCUCACUAGAAAUUCUUCAAAUUGCCUAUCAUUGAUGACCUGUUUGAUUUGUGGACCAACAAAAAUACUUUCCUUAAUCUUGGCAUCAGUUAUUCUGGGAAGCAUCUGUCUCAAAUUUCAAAAUCCUUCAUAGAAAUGUUUGUGCCUGGUGAUAGCAAAUUCCAUCCUUACAGUCCUGAACCCAAUAAUUAUUACUAAAACCUGUCCUGCCAUGCAGCAGCCGUGCUGCCUAAGCAUGCCUGGACAAGAUAGGAAACUUCCCAGCUUACAUUGCAGGCAACAUUUUAAUUGACUUCAAUUAUGAAUUGAAAUAAUAGAAGUGAUUUCAAAAAACGGUGCAUGAUAGGGAAACUUCAAGGUGAUUUUCAUGAUCAGUAACCCAAAAUUCAUAAGAUACACCUGAAGGUAUUCAGGAAGCAAAAUCUUUGUUGUCCAGUGUAAUUGUAUAAACUUCUGUCUGGUCUCCCCUCAGCCUCUGAUGCUCCAGAGAAAACAACACAAGUUUGUCCAACCUCUCCUUAUAGUUCAUGCCCUCUAAAUUAGGCAGCACCUUGGUAAACCACUUGUGCACCCUUUCCAAAGCAUCUACCUCUUUCUAUCUCACCCCUCACUUUCAGGGAGCUAUGGGCUUGCAGCCCAAGAAAUUUAUUUACCAUUAAUCCCUUUAAAUGCUUGAUCUUUUGUGGUUAAUCAAUGUAGACUUCCCACUUUUUUAAAAUUAAGCUUAAGCAAUUACACACAAGAAAUGUUUAUUGAGUUAUUCUCUAGGUCCAAUAAAGUGUCCAUAAACUGUGAUUUACCAGCACAAAUAAUUGCAUGCAGAAUUCCAAUGUUUACUUAGCUGGAUUAUCAAAACUAGUCUAAGGAAACAAUUAUUUUAACAUAAACAGAGCCUAACACAAUAUCUAAUUGUUUACGCUGGUCUAAAUUUCCUAAUUAGCUUAGAAGGAAGAUUCAAUAUAUUUGCACCAUAUUCAAGCAACACACAUAAAAUGCUGGAGGAACUCAGCAG